CAUGACCACCGACGAUUUAAAGAACUUCCACACUCAUUCUUUAUGAAGUAGUAGUACUCCAUUCCUCUUUCUCACCAAUCUGCUCUUUCUAUUAUAUCUCGUACACUGCUUGUGUUGUUUGGAACCUUUAGGUGUGUGUGUCUCUCCCUCUCAAGUUCUUUCCCACGGCAAUGUCCAUGUUAAGCAGAAAUAUUGAAGCUGCUUCCUCCUCUGCACCAGUUCAAAGAUGGAAAUAUGACGUGUUCGUAAGCUACAGAGGCGAAGACACCGGCAAGAACUUCACUGAUCACCUCUAUUCCAGACUGAACAGUGUUGGAAUCACCACUUUCAGGGACAAAAAUGAACUGAAAAGAGGUGAAAAAAUCUCAUCCGAGCUUUUUCAAGCAAUUCAUGGAUCCAACAUUUUCUUGGUUGUUUUCUCCCAAAAUUACGCAACCUCCAGAUGGUGUCUAGAUGAACUUGUGGAGAUAUUGAAGUGCAGGAAGCAAUUCUGUCAGUUGGUACUACCCAUAUUUUACAAAGUCAAUCCAUCAGAUGUGAGGAUACAAACUGGAAGCUUUGGGGAAGCAUUUGCCAAACAUCAAAAGGUGGACAUAAACAAGGUGUCAAGUUGGAGGGCAGCCUUGGCUGAGGCAGGGGAAUUAUCUGGGUGGGAUUUAGAUGCCACUGACGGGCACGAAGGAGAGUUCAUCAAGAAAAUUGUUGAAAGAAUUUUGAGUGAAUUGAAUCACACGCACUUACAUGUGACGACCCAUCCAGUUGGAAUCGAUACUCGUAUGGAAUACAUAAUUUCUCAGUUGAGCGUUGCAACUCAUGAUGUCCGCGCGGUGGGUAUAUGUGGGAUGGGCGGAAUAGGGAAGACAACCCUUGCAAAAGCUGUUUUUAACCAUUUAUUCCAUAGUUUUGAAAGCAAAAGUUUUUUGGCAAACGUCAAAGAGAAUUCGAAGUCACCUGAAAAACAAAUUCUUUUGCAAGAGCAGUUUCUUUCCAAUGUACUAAAGUCAGAAGUCAGAAAGGUGGGCAAUGUUGAUCGAGGAAUCAUGGUUAUAAAAGAUAGGUUGUGCAAUACAAGGAUCCUACUUGUUUUGGAUGAUGUGGAUCAACUAGACCAAUUAUUUGCAUUUAGUUGCCACUCAGAUAGUGUCCGAAAAAAUUGCUUUGGUCUCGGAAGUAGAAUCAUCAUAACAACAAGGCACCUGCAUUUGCUAGAACGCAUUGAGGUAAAUAGCAAUUAUAUGGUUGAUGAAUUGGAUGUACCAAAUACCAAAUACAAACACAUGCGGAAUUAUAACAGAACUUUACAAGACAAGGGGAAACUGAGAGAUUUACAAAAGACACAGAAACUAAAACAGAUGGUGAAAAACAGAUACCUAAAACCAUUCUGGGGCUUCGGUUUAAAUAACAUUACAAAAGGUAAACAGUUCCGGAGAAGAUAA